UUCAAGGGUUGUUCUUCGUCCUCCAAGAUCUGCUCGCAGCAGGCCUGGGAACUUACGUUGAUGGGCAUCUAGAUCGCGGUUUAGAUCAUGAUCUCUGUCAAAAUGGAGGUCGACAACGUCAACUUCUGGGGCCAUCUGCCCACUAUCCUUGACGCGAUUGCCGAUGCCGAGUUCAUCUCGCUUUCUGUGAUCGGUUAUCCCGAUGCUAUCAUCAAAGCUAACCAGACCAAGGAGGAGCUCUACCAUGAAUUGGUAGAACACUCCAAGGUUUACCACAUCUCCAAGAUUGGCCUGACUUGUUUCCAAUACGACGAGAAGCAAAAGGCAUAUUCUGCGCGUAGCUUCAACUUUGCCAUCACCCCUUGGUUUCUCUCUGCAAACAUUCAGGCGGAACUCAUCGCAAAGACCGUCAAUCGAACGUUUUCCUUUUCAUACGACACCCUUCAACAGUUGGCGACAAACGGCUGGUGUUUCAACGAAGCUUGGGAACGGGGUGUUCCUUACUUGACCCGCUGGGAGGCGCAAACAGUCGAGGAGCGUUUCCUCCAGCCUUGGGAGACCAAGAAGCCAUUGGACAUCAACAAACUAGAUGCCGAGUCCCAGAAAUUUCGGGCAUGGGCCAAUGAGCAGAUCACAUCUUGGCUGAAAGAAGAGGACAAGACUCUUCACUUAGCAACCCCCUCAGGCGAGCGGUUUACUAGCCUUCAAGUUGGACUCAUCUGCCAACUUGUCCACUCCUGCUUUGAGGACUGUCGCGCAACUCUUAGAGAUGACAAUCGAAUCAUGCACAUCACGAAGCUCAGUCGCACAGAGCUCACCAUUGAGAGAUCGACGAACCGCCGCAUUGCACUGACGCGACAGUCAGGAUUUCUCUACGUGGUGGAGGCUCUCCUCGGGGGACAUUUUGCCAACGACAUCGAGCCCGAACUAUGCUUGGCAUACUUAUUGGUGGUGGAUCGUGACUCGCGAAGUCAACUUGUCUCGGCUUUUCGCGACAGACUUAGAGCAGCUGAGAAUAGAAACAGGCUCAGACGACCUAUCCUGCUCAUUCACUCUCAGCUCGACAUGCUGUGUCACUUUUACUCGACAUUUUUGGGCCCACUUCCGGAGACACUCGACGGAUUCACAAAAGAAAUACACGACAUCUUCCCUCGGAUCGUGGACAGCAGGAUUCUGUAUCCCCUCAACAACUAUCCAUCUCACUCGUUCGACAGGCACAAGACUUCAAUUGAGUUCAUAUCUGCCGCAGAGGAAGAGGGAGGACCCGUUGUUACACCAGUACGAGGAUUCGAAUACCAGAACAAGAUGGCUGAAGAACACGGUCUUUACGGCUGGUAUUCCAACCUCGCAUUCCUCAAGGUUGCAGCAAAGAAGCUGCAGAAGGAGCAGUGGUUGAGCAAGACCCGGCCCGAAAAGACGUACGGAAGCAUGAGAAUGAAGACGAGAAAACCAAGCAAGCUUUUCUUCACUCUCAAUCCCUUUGCGCCCAACAGCAUUAUCAGUCGUCGGUCAAGUGUUUGUUCUUCUGUCGCUUCCGGUAUGACUGGAAGCAUGGUUGACACCCCGCCCAGUGUUUUCGGUGACGGCAGUGAUGAGGAGGAGGAGGAAGAGAAGCAGGAGGCACCUGACGUUCAUCGUCUCCCCCCGUGGGAGGCAGUUUUCUGGGGAAAGUUUGGAAACAAAUUGAUCCUCGACAACGGUGAAAUUUUGGCGCUCCCCACUUCGAUUCCGCUCAGAAAGACCCGGAUUCGGAAUCUCUAGGAUGAUCAUCGGGACCUCCUGUAUGAGCUCCUUUUUGUGUGGACUUUGGGCACGAUUUGUGUGUUAUUUACAUUGCUUUUCAGAUGGAUUGAAGAUUGGGACCCGAAUUGUUUGUGAUGUGAUGAUGUCAACAAGUAAUUUGUUAAUGGUGUUUGAGG